AUGCCGCUUGCUUUCCCCUUUGCUUUCAGGUGUGGGCAGAGGGGAGAUCCAAAAUCAAUACGCUAUCAGCUUGGCUUGCAUUUUUUGGGCAUUUCGGCGCCAGGGCCUGGUUUCUUUGAACACGCAGAGUAUGAGUUCAUUCUCCAGGCUGGAGAUGUGGCAAAACGCUUAAAACCUCGUCUUCCUCCACCACCUUUGGCUGGUUUGACAGAAGAUGAACUGAGAAGCUUGCUGCCAGUUGGUGAAGCAUUUCUUCGAAUAGAAGAGCGGACAGCUCUUCGUCUUCCAGAGCCAGUCGAUUACUUUUCCAUUGAUGUUUGGGAGGAGCGAUCGAAUUGGCUGAACACACAAAGGAAGCUUCUGGGCCAGUGCUAUAUCCCCUUGGAGCAGCGCUUCAACAAGAGGCUUUGCACCUGGUCAAUCGUCAAGGAGAAGUCAGAAGUUGGGCUGAUCAUUUGCAGGUUCUUUCUUGGCACAACGCCUGCACCUGUUCGCGGCUUGCAUGUCGUCCGCGCAGCAACCAGGUCAAGUGAGCUUCGCCUGGUGUGGGAGCUUCCUACAAGUGAUGGGGACUUGCCAUUGCGCGGAUACAGGAUUGAGGUACGGAGUGAAGCUGAACUUUGCCGGGUGAAGAAGCACAAAGAGCUCAAGACGAAGCGCGUGUCAACACGUCGAGGAGGAAAAACAAUCAUCACAAGGCCUCAACAAUCGAAGGCUUGGCCUGUUGAAGCCUUUUAG